CGUCACAAUCGAGUCUUCGCAGGCGUUAUCUUUCAAGAGUAUCCAGAGGUAGCCGCCCCGGUGGCCUUGAGUGCAUCACAUGGACCGCUUGAGAUUGAGGGAGUUUCCCAACUCUCUUUGUUUUGUGACGGUUCCAUCAAGAACAUAAGGGGACAAGGGUGGAAGAAGGGAGGUUAUAGAGUAGCUUUCCGUGAUCCAUUCCUCGGCACAACCCCUUUUGUUUCGCAAACAAAUCCAGCGCGCUUUUUCGAGGAGCCAACCAUUCGAGAGCAUCAGCAGGCCUUUAGUUCUGAGCCACAAGAAGAUGAGAAUCGAGGUGAUUUCGCUCAAGUGACUGACUUUACCAUCCUCGAAUUCGCCACCAGGACACUUUCUGUUCCCCAUGUCGAGCUAGCCGCAAUCUCGCAGUCUUUGGAGGUAGGUAUAAAGCUACAAGACCAGCACCAGCCGGAUUCUAUGAAGAUAAGUGUCACAGACUCUGCACAAGCCGUUGAGCGGCUCGAGUAUGGAAUCCUUCCGCUGGACAGUGACGAAGAAAGUCUCUUUCGCUGGUCCACCAACCCUCUAGAGCGAGCCAUUGUGUGGCAGUUUCACUACCUGUACGACCACGGUUGUACGCUUGACAUCCGUUGGCACCCUCGUUGCUGCGCUUUGGGACCAGCCUUGGCUGAUGCGGCAGCCUCUUCGUGGAAGUUCUGGGAGGAAAGCUUGUUCUGCCAGGUAAACCUGCCUGCUGAAGAGAGAGAUGGGAUCUUGGAGAAGCUGCAUCAGUGGACUGACGAUGUCAUCAACUGGGAACCAGAAGAGCAGCCGGAGGAGUCGCUUUGGGAAGAGGAUGGAGAAGAAAAGUUGGGGGUGGAGAAUGCAUGUGAGGAAGAUCAAUCUGAUCUCCGAGGAAUGGACUCUUGUCAGCAUGUGAUGGCUGAAGAGAGAAUCAACAAUAUCUUGAUCGGAGAGAGAAGAGUAAUCUAG